CAGCGCAGGAUCCUGGGCUGGACAGGAAACGACGGAGCCGCGCAGCGUGUCUCCUCAGCGGCGGAGGGAAGAAUGGGAACAGGGCUGUGGACCGAACAUGCAGACGAGGCUGGUUGUGAAAACAUGAGGACAACGGGACGAUUUUAACCAACAUCCUACUCAAGAAAACAAAUAAUUCCACCUUUAAAUAUCGGGAGUUUUUCUUCUGUUUUCCCCCUGUGAGCGUAUUUGCUCCCACUGGAGACCACCUUAGAAGAGAGGACCCUCUUUGUGAAUUCACUGGGGAUAAAAGCCCAGUCAUAGAGCGGACCGGUGGUUCCAUCUGACCUUUAACCUCACUCGGAAGACGUCAAAGCCACUUUAGAGAUGGAGCAGGUAUCAGAUGAUGAGCUGGACCAUGGAGCAGAGGAGGACAGUGACAAGGAGGACCAGGACUUGGACAAGAUGUUUGGAGCCUGGCUGGGAGAGCUGGACAAACUCACACAGAGUCUGGAUGACGGCAGGCCGCAGAAAACACUGCAGAAGCCUCCUCUCAGGCAAGAGACCAACAUGGCCAACUUCUCCUACCGCUUCUCAAUGUACAACAUAAACGAGGCGCUGAACCAGGGAGACACUGUGGAUCUGGACGCCCUGAUGGCCGACCUGUGCUCCAUUGAGCAGGAGCUCAACACCAUUUCCAAACCAAACUCAACUUCUCGCAGCCAGAACAAAGGCCAUCAGCGAGCUCCUGGAGGGCGCAGUGCCAGUACCAAGCACACAGGCACCAGUGGAGGGGGCAGCAGUGGAGGAAGUACCAGUAGCAGCACCCGGGCGUCACCAGCCAACACAGUACGAGGCGGCAGCGUCAACGCUCGCCCCGCCGCCUCCAACAUCUCCCUGGACGACAUCACCUCUCAGCUGGAGAAGGCCUCUCUCAGCAUGGACGAAGCCGCACGCCAGACGUCGUCCUCUUCCUCCUCGUCCUCGUCGUCGUUCUCCUCCACCACGCUCCGGCGGCCCUCGUCCGGGUCAUCCGGCGGCGGGCAGCACCGGAGGACGGGUUCGGUGGGAGCAGUCAGCGAGCAGGAAGCUCCGUCCCAGCGGUCCAGUGUAAAUUCAGCGUGUGCCUCAGCGUCCAGCAUGGACUCCCUGGACACUGAUAAAGUGCUGACGGGGGGAGAGGUGGAGGGCCGGAGCAGUCCGAGUGCACAAGGACAAAACCAGACCAGCACCGAGCAUGUCACACUGAGACGGGCCAACGGUAAGCCGGCCAGACGGCAGCUUGACUUCACCUCACGAGACGGUGAAGUGGAUCGGGCCACUCACUCCUAUCUGGACCGAGAAACCUCGCUCAUUCUGAAAAGCAUAGCUGGAAAGCCUUCUCACCUCCUGACCAAGGAGGAACAAGCCGCCAAGCUGAAGGCAGAGAAGAUCAGAGUCGCCCUGGAGAAGAUCAAGGAGGCACAGGUCAAAAAGCUGGUGAUCAGGGUCCACAUGUCAGACGAGAGCUCCAAGACCAUGAUGGUGGACGAGCGCCAGACGGUCAGGCAGGUGCUGGACAGCCUGCUGGAUAAGUCGCACUGUGGCUACAGCCCUGACUGGUCUCUGGUGGAAACCAUCACUGAGCUACAGAUGGAGCGUAUAUUUGAGGAUCAUGAGAACUUGGUGGAAAACCUACUAAACUGGACCCGUGACAGCCACAACAAGCUCAUGUUCAUCGAGCGCAUCGAGAAAUACGCUCUUUUCAAGAACCCUCAGAACUAUUUGCUGGGGCGGAAGGAGACGUCAGAAAUGGCUGACAGGAAUAAAGAGGCUUUAUUAGAGGAAUGUUUCUGCGGAGGCUCGGUGUCCGUGCCGGAGAUCGAAGGUGUCCUGUGGCUCAAAGAGGACGGGAAGAAGUCGUGGAAGAAGCGCUACUUCCUCCUCCGGGCUUCGGGGAUUUAUUAUGUCCCCAAAGGCAAAGCCAAGGCAUCCAGAGAUCUUGUAUGCUUCCUGCAGCUGGACCAUGUUAACGUGUAUUACGGCCAGGACUACCGCAGCAAAUACAAGGCUCCUACUGACUACUGCCUGGCUCUGAAGCAUCCACAAAUCCAGAAGAAGUCCCAGUACAUCAAGUAUCUGUGCUGCGAUGAUGUCAGGACCCUGCACCAGUGGGUGAACGGAAUCCGCAUAGCCAAGUACGGAAAGCAGCUGUAUGUGAACUACCAGGAAGCCAUGAAGAGGACAGAGGCGGCUUACGAUUGGUCGUCUCUCUCCACCUCCAGCAUCCGAUCUGGCUCCAGCUCUGCCAGCAUACCUGAGUCCCAGUCGAACCAUUCAGGCCAUUCAGACAGCGGGGUGGACACGGGCUCCUCUCAUGGCCGGUCCCAGAGUGUGGUGAGCUCCAUUUUCUCUGAAGCCUGGAAGAGAGGAACUCAGAUCGAGGAAAACACCAAGCAGAUGAGAAUGGAGGCGUCCAGAGGGGCCACACUGCCUCAUGGCUCCCACAGCCACCGGCAUCACAGUCAGCAUUCAGCCGAUCACCCGGCCCUGACGCCUCCUCCACAGGUGCAGCAGCAACACCCACCACCACCUCAACACCCACCGGUGCAACCCCAGACCCCAACUCCCCCACCCCAGACUCCAGCUCCACCACAGCAGCAGCACCUGCCCCCCCAGCCUCAGUCUCCUCAGCAGGCAUUCCUGCCACCGCCGCCCCCUCCGGCUCCUCAGGGGCCCCCGCAGCCUCCUCAGUCUCCACAGCAGCAGCAGCCACCGCCCAUCAGCAGCUACAACCACAUGCCCCCACCUCAACAGCAGCCGCCAGCUCCCACACCCCCUCCUCCUCCACCACCACCACCGCCUCCCCCUCCUCCCCCACCUCCGGUCCAAAUGGUGUCGCACCACUCGCCGGCCCCCACCAUGUACAAGUUCAGCACCAUCACCAGGCUGCAGAACCAGAAGGCCUUCCCAGGGUCCAACCACAAGCUACCCGGUCACCUCCACGCAAUAGGUCAGCAAGUUCUGCCCCCGACUCCAGCUCCGCCCCCAGCACCGGUCGUCAAACCUAAUGUCAAUCACAUUGCUGCAAGGACUAACGUCCCGCCUCCCCCUCCUCCUCCCCCUCCUCCAUCCAUGCCAACCCCUGGCUCAGCGAUGGCCGUGUUGAGGCUGGGCCCUCCCAGCCCAGCUGCUCCGCCUGCCUUCAUCCCUCCACCGCCAGCUCCUCCCCCUGCUCCACAGACCAACGGGGUAGCUUUUCCUCCCCCUCCUCCUCCCCCACCACCCCCCCCUGCACCGGCCCCCAUGAGUCAGCACGUCUGCUCCAAUGGGCUGAAGCAGGCGCUGAAGGAGCGCUUCCCCAGCCCACCACGGGACCUCCUGUCUCCAAACGGAGGCCUCGAGGAUUCCCCGCCGCCUGCCCCGGCUCCACCCCCCCCACCACCUCCACCACCACCUCCACCACCACCUCCUCCUCCUCCCCAGCAGUUCCCAAUACCAGCCCAGUUCCCACCUCCUCCUGCACCACCACCAGCACCUCCCAAAACCUUCACCCCAGGGUUUGUCCCCCAUGCUGCCUCCAAGCCCAUGUCACCAGUUUCUCCUUUCCCUCCUGCGCCUCCUCCUGCUGUUCUAACAGGCCCAACUCCACCACCACCACCCCCUCCUCCACCUGCAACCCUCAAGAAGCAGUUCAGCCUCCAGGCAGCAGGCUACACCUCCAGUCACCCCCCUCCAACUCUCCCCAAGCAGCACAGCCUGUCUAAGCCAGCCUCCGCUUCCACAGGACCCCCUCAAACCAUGUCUUUGGUGAAGCAACUAGCAAGCCAGUUUCCUGGAGCUUCAUCCCAAGUAGCCAAUCACACAGAGAGCCCCAAAGCCCCUCUGUCCCCCCCUGCAGUUAAAACCAAACCAAAAUGGCAGCCUGGAGGCGGCCAGCAGCUGCAGUCGCCAGAGUUCCCUCCUCCGCCUCCAGACAACAACACCGGCUUCCCUGCACCACCACCACCUCCUCCUCCUCCGCCACCUCCUCCUGCACCUGUCACAGGCCCAACACCACCUCCUCCUCCCCUCCCUCCUGGAAAUCUGGGCUCCCCCUUGAGGAAGUCACCCUCUGGCUCCUCCAGUUUUGGAGGGAAGAAGCCUCCUCCCACCCCACAGAGGAACUCCAGCAUCAAGUCCAACUCCUCAGCCUCCUAUGAAGAAUCCAGGAGAAACUUGCUCAGCAAAUUUGCUCCCCAUGGCAACACCCCCACUUCCUCCUCAUGUCCCACCUCCUCUUCCAGUGGAUCCCCUUCCAAGGACUCCUCAAAUGGACCCCCUGCUCCUCCAAAACCGGGCAAGCUCAACCUGGCUAACCUUCCCUUGGCACUUCAGGCCAAAGUGGGUCAGACGAAACAGUCCAGCGGCGACUUUCCUUCCCCACCACCUGAGUGCGCCUACUUCCCACCUCCUCCUCCGGCAUCUGACCUCUUCCCCCCUCCACCACCUCCAGGUAGUGACGCCCACAGCGGUGGACCUCCCAGGGUCGCUGUGGUCAACCCCCAGCCCCAGGCUCCCCCUCCUCCACCACCUGUCUCCCUCGUCAGCAACUCAACGUGGGGAAAGAGCUCACUGAAGAAGACUCCUCCGCCCACGCUGGGGCGGCGUAGCAACACCACCCCAGAACCUCCUCCACUAUCGCCACCUCCCACCUCCCCAAAGGGCAGCUCAGGCCAGCCCAAUUUCCUGGAGGACCUCAACCGGACACUGAAGCGAAAGUCAGUCGGUCGCCAGGGUUCCGUUAACUCCGCCGGCCUCUCGGGGAAGUUGGACCCUGCAGCGACUAUGGACGAUAUGGCACUGCCUCCGCCGCCCCCUGAGCUGCUCCUGGACCAAGGGAAGCAAACCAACGGAGGAAACGGUGGCUACAUGUCUGGAAACAUCUCAGGCUAUGCAACGCUACGACGAGGACCCCCACCUGCACCCCCGAAACGAGGGGACACCACCAAACUUACCGGAGAGUGUUGAACUUUGACUUCAAGACACAAAAAAGAAGGAUGACUAGAUGAAGAAAGAGUAUACUGAAGUAAACAUGCAUUGAACUACUCCUGUUCUCUGAUAAAUAGAUGACUGUGUAUAUACUAAGCCAAACCAGACCAUGGUUAAUUAGUGUUUGCUAAUUAUUGCUUUUUUUUUAAAUUUUUUUUUUUUUACCAUGCUAGGCAUUCUAGAUCAAUGGGGUUUAUAGUAUCAGGACGGCUAAGACUGGAGCAGGGAAGUUUGAAAUCGCAGAAAAGUAAACAUUUUUGCGAUUAUCUAAACUCUCUGGAACAUAUUGCGUCACCUUGUACGGUAAACCCCACAUAUCUGGUACAGCCAGCAGAUUUAAACAAACACUUAAUACGAGUUGCGCAAAUAUUACCACAUCCAGGUCUGAGCCAAAUCAUGUAUGCGCUUCUUCGCCAUAAGUUCGUGCCACGUACUGGAGACAAAAAAAAGGAAAACACAUCGGGAUCUUUCUGCUUUGGUACUGCAUGGACCACAUGUCAACAAUGAGCUGUAAAUCAUGAAGCUGUUCCGGUGUGUGUGCAUGUGUGUGUAAGAGAGAAACGGACCGAAUAUGCAUGCAUGCAUUGUGCGCAUGCAUGCAUGUGUGUACGAUUACAUGGUGGUGAAGUAGUUAACUGUUAGGGAAAGGCCUUCGUAGAGAGGGGGGGUUGUUAGGUUUGCUUUUAUACGAAAUUAUUUAAUGACUGAUAAAUGGAAGGAUUUUUUUAUAAGUGUCUUUUAAUGGCUGGUCAACAAAGUGUAGAGAGGAACAGAACAGCAUUAGGGCGCCAUGGAAUGUAUACGAAAGGUGAAAACAUUGCAAAAUACACUCGUGAAGGCAGUAGGGCUGGAACGAAUAGCAAUUUCUGGGCUCCAGAUAUUCGAAUAUCUGGAUAUUCGGAUCGUUCGAUGUUGGGGGUGGGGGUAGACGAAGGGACGAGCCAAAUCCUCGGAUUGUCCGACAUCGUCCAACGGGGGAGGGGAGACGGAGACGAACGGACGAGCCAAAUAACCUGAUCCGAAUAUUCAGAUCUCAAAAUUAAUAUUCGGAUACCACCCUAACGACCGAAUAUUCAGAUAUUCGGGUCCAGCCCUACAAGGCAGUGAUUCAGUAACCCAGUGUACCUGUUAUCUGUAUUUUUUGACUGUUUCACAAAUCAGAAGGAAGCCUUAUUCCCAAAGUCUUGCACAGAGGUCAAAACAGAAAGGAGAUAUCUUCCAUGGGCUCAGCAGAGUCUGGACUGUGCAACUGGAAAAAAAAAAUGAUGAUUUUCGUUUUUUAAUUUCAUGCAAAACUUGUAACGGACUUGUGUAAAUGCUGAGGAGGCCUACGGUGGUGUAUCUUCGUGGACUGUGUGAGUUCCCUGUAUGCUGGCUUGAUUUUGGACCUUAUCCUUCAGUUUGUAUGUGUACAGUUGCAGCUGCUGCUUUCCGUUACCGUCGGUUCCCCACUGCCUUUUUCAGACACACGGCAUCACCCCGUCUGGGAAGCGCAGACUGGAUUCAGCCGAGCGUCUCGUCUAGACAAGGCGACCCCCGUUCAAAGAGAUGCAUUUGUCUGGUUAAUGUACAGAGCGUAAAUCAUGUAGUGAAGAACAGAAAUCAUCCAACUCGCAUUAGACUGAAUGUUGCUUUCGACUCUGUCUACCGAAUCUCGUUUCUUCAUGGUGCCAUUGCUGCUUCAGCCCUAGAGCCGAUCACAAAGGGCUCAUCUCUAGCGGCAACGCCUUCAUUUUUAGGGUGCUAGUGCUGUCCUUCAAGGAACUCGUUCUCAACAGGAUGACAUAUCAUUGAUAUCAUUUAAACCGCUUUUUAAAUUGGCUUUAGUGUGGAAAUGCGUGCUGUGUAAAUGUUUUCCAGGUUAUGAGUUCCGAGGAGGAGGCCGUUAUAUCCGCGUGUCCUCCGAGCUUGUCACGGAGAUGCAAUUCCUGUGCCCUUCUCUUCGUCCUACUCAGUGGUAGCUCACCUUUUCUUAUGACUGAAUGUCAUCGUCCUGACUGGGAUGUUUGCUAACAGUACAGUAUGUAAGUUAUUGAUGUGCUGACGUGAACAUGUGGGGCCAAAUGAAGUGAAGAAAAACGGUUACAGAUUGAGUAAAUUUGUCCUCUUUCAUAUAAACUGAAAAUCACAAUAUAAAUGUUCCAACCAGA